AUGUCGUGGAAGAAGACUGACUUGCUGAUGAAUACCAUCAAGCAUUACUCGGCAUUCCCUGCAACUGGCGUGAGUUUACGGCAGAUGGUCCAAUUUGGAGAGAAACCAUCAACAGGCACUCUCUUCCGAGCCUCCCAAUUCCUAUCCGAAGAACUACCUAUUCGACUCGCCCAUCGAGUGCAAGAGCUCGGUGAGCUCCCAGAUGGACUCAAUGAUAUGCCUUCGAUCAAGAAGGUUCAGGACUGGUAUGCUCAGUCCUUCGAGGAAAUAACAACCCUCCCGAGACCACACCUUACGAAAGAUGUCCGCCAUCGACUUAUGAAACCUGCGAGAACGAGUGGUAGAGCCUCCAAAAUUCUCGCGGAAGCCACACAGAACCCCAGUGUAAAACAGGGCCAAUACACCUCUUCGCCGUGGCAGCAAAAUGGCCAUAUCAAUGGGAGUGAAAGUGAACAUGAAUCGAGGAAAGGCGCGGCUGCAGCUCGACGGUACUUUGCGACCGUCGAGGAUGGCGAUGAGUGGCCUCCAGAGUUACACGACUACAAUCAGCGGUUCGCACAGACAUUGAACACGAUCAAACGGCGACAUGACAGUGUGGUAACAACUGUGGCACAGGGGAUUUUAGAAUACAAACGGAGACGGCAACGCAUGCAGAUUGACCGCAAUAUUCAGGCCUUCCUUGAUCGAUUUUAUAUGUCUCGAAUUGGUAUUCGAAUGCUCAUUGGACAACACAUUGCUUUGACGGACCAAAGCCAUAAUAAGGACCCGACUUAUGUUGGGGUUAUAUGUACCAAGACGAAUGUUCGAGAUCUAGCCGAGGAAGCCAUUGAGAAUGCCCGAUUUGUAUGCGAAGAUCACUAUGGGUUAUUCGACGCGCCAAAAGUCCAGCUUGUGUGCCCUCCCAAUCUCAAUUUCAUGUACGUUCCAGGGCAUCUAUCUCACAUGCUGUUCGAGACUUUGAAGAACUCGUUACGUGCGGUUGUGGAAACCCAUGGACAGGAUAAGGAAGAAUUUCCGGUUACGAAAGUCGUUGUCGCGGAGGGGAAAGAAGACAUCACUAUCAAGAUUUCAGAUGAAGGAGGUGGAAUACCCAGGAGCGCCAUACCGCUAGUAUGGACUUAUAUGUAUACGACAGUGGACACAACCCCGAGUUUGGAUCCGGAUUUUGACAAGAGUGAUUUCAAGGCACCCAUGGCUGGUUUUGGAUACGGGUUACCAAUUUCGAGAUUAUAUGCGAGAUAUUUCGGUGGUGAUCUGAAGUUGAUUAUCAUGAGGGGGUCUCCGGGAUAUUCUGCCCCGCGUCCAAAUUCCCAAGGAUUGACGCAGCUCUUCAGGAAGCAGAUGAACCUGAAGCUGUGGCACUCGAAAAAAUCAAGAGAGGUCACUGAGCGGAAACAGGUCGGCGAUGCGGAGAGCAUGGUUAACGAGGGCAUGAGUUCCUCAGGCCACCAUGGCUUCUUCAAGGGCGAUGGAGGGGAAGUGUAG